AUGACUUUAACAAAAUGUAGGACAUGGUGGCACGACCAGCUUGUGGGUAAGGUAGCAAGUUUUAUUUUAAAUGAGGAGGGCCAAGAAGAAUUAGAACUUCCACUUGUAGUAUGUGAAUAUGCAGAUGUCUUUCCUGAGGAAUUACAAGGAUUGCCACCAACCUGGAACUACACCAAUAUACAUAGCCCUAUAUCGUAUGGCACCGGCAGAACUGCGAAAAUUAAAGGCGCAAUUGUAAGAGUGCUCAAAAAAGGAUUUAUUAGGCCAAGUACUUCACCGUGGGGAGCACCCGUAUGCAUUGAUUACCGUCAACCUAACCGAGUAAUGAUCAAGAAUCGAUACCCACUCCUAAGAAUCGAUGAUCGCUUUGAUCAACUUAGAGGCUCAAGGAUUGUCCUUCAAGUUCUUAGGGACAAUCGGUUGUAUGCCAAGGCAAGCAAAUGUGACUUCUAUUUGAAUGAAGUGAAAUUCUUAGGGCAUGCAGUGUUUGAGAAUGGGAUUGCGGUGGAUUCAACCAAGGUGGAAGCAGUCUUAGAUUGGAGACAACAAAAAACUGUGUCAGAAAUUCACAGUUUCUUAGGAUUGGCUGGUUACUAUCGAAGGUUCAUCCAAGAUUUCUCCAAACUAGCCAGACCUAUGACUCAUUUGACGCAAAAUGGAGUACAAUACGAAUGUGACAAAGCUUGCAAAAAAAUCCUUCCAAGAGCUAAAGAAGAGAUUAACUACGCCAAUUUUGAUCGUUCCAGAAUAGGAAGUGGGGUACACUGUGUAUUGCGAUGCAUCUAA